AUGUCGUCCGCCCAACCAGAGCCAUCGCGGCUGCACCCGCGUCGCCGGCCCUUAAACACUGAACUUCCCACCCUGUCGACCGACUCUGCUGAAUCUUCCCAAAUGCGCCUGAAGAAAGGAGAGACCUUCUCUACUCCCACCUCGCCACCGUCCAGUGACAACGACCCGGUCUUGAACCUUCGCUCACUGCCUCGUCGUUCGCCCACAUCCUUGGAAGCCAUCACCGCUGCCGAGGAGCGUAUGACUUCUAUCCUUGGCCGUCUUAGUCUCAGCAACAACGAGGAUAAGCAUAAGAGUUCCGGAAACACUGUGCCUGAUAGUGUGCGCAGAAGCUCUAAUUCCAUGUCGAACCCCGCUCCAACCGAGAAGAAGACAGAGCAAGAGCAAGACCAUAGCCACGACUCUGACAGUGGCAUUGGAUCCUCUGUGAGCAGCGAAGAAGAGCUCUCUGAUUCAAGCAAAGACAAUGGUAUUCGCGAUAAACAAUCUGCCAUUACAAAAUCCAUCGCCGCCUUUGAUUCAGGAUCCUCUUCCAAACGUCAACUAGGCCCCGCUGCCUGCAAGCAGAUUGAACGUUAUGUUCUAGUACCCAUUCUCAAAGAACCUCGUCUCAAACCAUUCCAUCCACUCGUGCGAAGCAUUCCUCAGCGAAUUGUCAAUAAGCAGAUUGUCUGCCUGCGCGAUCUUGAGAAGACCCUAUUAUGGUUGGCACCGAAGUCGGCAAACACGCGAAUCUCGUAUCUCAACUUCUGCGAGUUCACGAUUCAAUGCUUGCAUACUUCGGCGUCUCAUCUUAACGACCGCGAUCAACGACUACCUGCCGAUCGCCCUUACACUAACGGAUACUUCAUCGAUCUUGUUUCACAGGUCCGUCGAUACGCCGCCAUGAUUCGCGCGGAGCGCGAACGGGUUCAAGCAACCCGGGGCGGUAAGCCCGAAGAGAAAUCCAACCUUGUGCACCAAGCUCAUCUCGAACAUGGCGUUUCCAAGGAUGGAAAGCCUCUGGAACUUGUUGUCAUGCAAGAUGGAAAGCCGAUUUCCAUGCUGACUGGCAAACCUUAUGAGGUGGAUUCUUCCGUCUUGUCUAGCUCUAUUAAGCGCACCAUCAACCUCGACGAUGCCGUUGAUGAAGGCGUUCAGCGCUCGAUGGCUCGCCGCAAGAAGAAUGCCCCUCCUAUGGACAUUAACCAGAAGUGUUCCCACUGUGACAAGGUGUUCAAGCGCCCUUGUGACUUGACCAAACACGAGAAGACCCACUCUCGCCCCUGGAAGUGCGAGGAUACUUCUUGCAAAUAUUUCAAGGUUGGCUGGCCCACCGAGAAAGAGCGUGACCGCCACAUGAACGACAAGCACUCCGAUGCUCCCAAGCUUUUCCGCUGCGGCUUUGAGCCAUGCACCUAUGCCUCGAAGCGUUCGAGCAACUGCAAGCAGCACAUGGAGAAGGCCCAUGGAUGGAAAUAUGUCCGAUCCAAGAACAAUGGUCGCAGUGGUAGCACUGGCAGCAAGCGUGAUUCCUCUGUUCAGGCUACCCCUCAGACCCCCAGUGUCUCUACUCCCGCUUCCAAGGCCACCGACUUUGCUACUCCAAUCACUGGCCCCAGCCCCUCCCCCAGUGACCAGACCUAUAACUGGCCUGAACCCAACUUCAACUUUGCAGAGCCUCCUGCGCCUCAUAGUGACGACUUCCCCUUGUUCGGCGAAUCCCCGCCUUACUUGAUGAAUGAUGUCAACUCUUUCCCAACCUCGAUGAACUUGGAUGGUUUCCAGGCUCAAUUUGGGGCUGGUGAUCCAAAUGGUCUGAUCCCGGCGCUGGAAAUGCAUCGCCAGUCCAUGAACUCCAUGUCUGUUCCUUCGUCCGAGUCUGUUCCCGACCUGAUGGGACCUGUCUCGUUUGAUGGAUCUCCCCUUGCUGGAACUGACAGCAUCAACUUCGACCUUGAGUGGAACAACCUGGAGUACCCCCUCAACGAGGAGUACAACGCCAUGUCCAUGCGUAUGCAGGCACCUACCCACCCCAUGGAGGCCAUGAAGGGUUACUCAAACGAGUAUGCCCAGAUGAACAACAAUCAUCUGUCCUACGGCCUUCCCAACAAGGUCUCUGGCCUUUCUCCCGGUGCCCAGGGCAACGCCAUGCUGUAUUCCCCCGAUUCCUCCAAUGUCGGCGAUACCCUCUCAGAGCGCUACGAGUACGCUCUCCAGCCCCAGGCUGGAAACGACUUCACUCUGUUUGACCCAUCCCAGAUGGGCCAUGCUCCGCGCAUGACGCAGACCAACAGCAACGAGGCGAUGCAGUACCACCGUACCCAGCAGACCAUGUUCCACUCCCUCAAUGAGCAGCAGCGCGCUCUCAUGAGUACGUGGAACGGCCAGCCCAUCCAGGGCCACUACUUGCCCCGCGACAACAUGGAGAUGGAUUUCAAGUAA